AUGCCUGAACAGAUGAGCAUUGAUCCACAGGAUCCUUACGCUUUCGAUUACCUCUUAGGGAGAGAUUUGGGCGCAAUCAAAGGGAAUAAUACCUUAAACCAUCAGUUGCCGGAGGGCCGCGAAUUCGAAAACAAGGACUACAGUAAUAGCUUCUCUUACAAUGCCGAAGAACUCUUAGACCCCUCAAGCGAAUUGUCCCGAAAGUAUCCCCAACUAAGUCAGGUUCUUCGAGAUCGUCUAGGGGUAGCGUUUGCCAAACGGAAUAACGAGGAAUUCUCGAAAUGUAAUUGCCAGGACGAUUCAGGGCACCGAUGCGACAGUGAAUUAUUUCAAAAACACGCCUGCGGUUCUUAUGACGAAUUCAUCCGGUUGAGUUCCGAGGGGAAGACCACAGCCAAGGCGGUAUGCCUUUGUCCAGACCUUCUCAAGCGAGUGCAGAUAUAUGGAUUCAUAGGCGCAGGAACAUUUGGUGCCACAUUUAUUGCUCGUGAAAAAGGCGCUGCUGGUGCUUCCCUGGAAGGCCUUGAACAAUACGCAAUCAAAUCUCAAGUCCACACAACACAGUUGAUGGACAGAUUGUCGGGUGUGGAGUUUCAGAUGACACAAUUUCGUGAGCCUAAUGGGGAGACACGAUAUAUGCCAGAAGAAGCACUCCUUCUAAUCUAUCUCGACGAGAGCAAAAGGUUCCCGCGGCUCGACUCGGUCUACACUCACGGUAUGCUAACAGCAAUUCUCAUGACUCCCUGCGUCGAUCCUAGCUAUGAAGCCGUUUCAAUUAUUGAUGAAAGCCAGUUUGACAGGAUCAAAUCCAAUGGGCCUAUACCGCCGCGCAUCCGAAAGAGAUAUCCCCCAUUUCCGGCUUUUGAUGGCAAAUAUCUCAUGUCCGAAUCCAAAGAACCUCAACUUGGGGAAAUAGAAGGUAGUAAAGUUGCUUCUCAGCUUCUCCAAUCUAUGGUAGAAUUAGCUGAUAUGAAGGUCUACCAUGCUGAUAUCUCAGUGACCAAUUAUCUCAUGGACCAAAACCUCAAUGUCCAACUAAUCGAUCUUGGAAUUCUCCAGUUCUCGCUUACUAACGCAUACGCAUUCGAGAUAGACCAUUUCAUCCCCUACCACGAGUACCAGAUGAUGCCCGAGCGAGCUGUCGAACUGGAGAAGUACGAUAAUUGGAGGGAUCCAUGCCACGAUGAUGUCAGCAUCGAAGAUAUUCGCUUGACUGUUGACCAGCGGCAAAUUUGCAUAUGGAAAUAUUCAACGAUCGUUUACGGGUUUUUGCAUGGCUUCUGGCCCUGGGAUGAGCCUAAACCAGUACCGAAAGGUUUGGACUGGCAUGCUAUGUAUAAUGGUCCUUACAAUGACCCGUUCUAUCCAGUGGUCAAACGCAGACGCAAGAGAAUGAUCAACGAAGAUGUACCAAUCAGCGAAUCACUCUCGCAGGACUGCAGGGAUAUGUUACAAUCCACAUUGUCUAGAGAUAAGUCCGAGCGGCCGUCAUUAGAAGAGUUAUCGACAUUUCCUUGGUAUUCUCGCUGGUCUGCUGAAGAACUCGAGUCUGGUCGCCCUUUAAAAAGACCCUUUGUCAAGGAAUUUCACGAUAAAAACCGUGCAGAUGGUAGAAGGGGUUUCCCAUGGCCAAGUAUAUCAGUGGAGCAAGAGAUGUCAUUCCCCAUCCUCAAUAACCCGGCAUACAAUUCUUCUCACUCCUCUGACUCCCCUUCUGGUUCUUCUGGUUCUUCUGGUUCUUCUGGUUCUUCUAGUUCUUCUAAUGAUUCUACAUAUUCUGAUUAA